GAAUGGGUUAAAUCAUUUGUCCAACCGAUGGUUCAUUUGCAUGUCUUCCUCCUUGACUUCUCCGGAUGACCGCUGCCUUUUAUACGUACACCGUCACAUCGUUGCUUGGUUGCCUUGGUUGCCUGGCAUUGGCACGGACGCGAUACCUUCUAGUUAAGCUUAACUACACGGUUUGAUCUUUCAUUAUGGAUCGUAGAGAGGGAACAAGACAAGAAGCAGAUUUAUCCAGCUCCGAAAUCAAGACAGAUGGAGGAGAUACCCAAAGCAUCAGCGUUUCCUCCGAUAUCAGAUCGAUAUCUGUCUCAAGCUCCCAUGACUCCUCGGGCAAUAUCGACGAUGCUGAGGAGCAUCGUAAGAUGAUGCUAGCUAGCUUGCUUGAAGAUUACAUCCGUGCUCGUGCUGCCGAGUGGCUCAAUACCACCAACCCGGGACAUAACUAUACGAGAAACUCCCCAGAGAUUCAGCCUCUCGCGAGACGACUUUUCGCCGACGCAAGUCGAACACUAUCAGCGAAUGGAGUCAUGUCGGAUUUUGUCGCAUCUGACGCUCUGAGAAAUUCUCGUCGCCAAUACCUAUCAGCUUUAGACAAUCUGGUGGCUGGUUCUCAAGCACCCGCAUCUCCCUUACCCAAUGCGAUGCGUGACUUGGUUCUUGGGACGUCCCAACUUACUCUUCUACCCCAUCCAGCUGAUGACUCGAAACUGACCCUCCAGCCUUCCCCAAUAAGCCAUUAUCAAUCCUCGUUUAAAGAGUGCGCACUCUUAGGAAAAGGUGGUUUCGGGAAAGUGUACAAGUGUUUCAACCCAUUAGACCAAGGGACGUAUGCGGUAAAGAAGAUCCAACUAUCUCCGAGACUUGGAAGAAGGUUUCGCGAUGGGAAGCUUGAAGAGCUUCAGCAUAUCUUACGCGAGGUACAAGCUUUAGCCACGCUGGAUCACCCUAAUAUCGUGCGAUAUCAUGCUACAUGGCUUGAGGAGCCUCAUCCGUCACAAUCAGUUGAAGUCCCACACGGCUCCAGCACGAAGGCAGACGUAUGUCAAAGGAAGCAGUUGCUAUUGGAACAAUGGCCCUUCUCUGAAGACGAAGAGCACAGGCCAGAGCCGUCAGUAAGCGGCGGUGUUGUUUUUGCAGAAGAUACUCAAUCUUGCCGUGAUAGCAACGCUAAUGAUCAAUUAAUUAAUGAACAACAAUGGUUUGAGAAGCUUACCUCUGAGGAAGCUUUUACUGAGAGCCUUUCCUUGUCAAAUCCCAGCGAUAUAUUUACAGACGGGAAAAGCCAUCUAGCAAACACGAGCGGAAAUCGGGGGGCGUUCGACGCAGUCGGAUACACCUUAUACAUACAAAUGUCCUUAUAUCCAAUGACACUAGCUCAGUAUAUAUCUCUUUCUUCUAGCGGGCGUGAGGCCUUAAGACACUGCUUUCAUCUUGUCCCAAGCCUUAGGCUCCUUCAUGCCAUACACGCAGGGUUACGGUACGUCCACGCUAAAGGUUUCAUACACCGAGACAUUAAGCCGGGCAACAUAUUCCUCUCCUUACCCGAGGCUGAGCCAAGAAGCGGAUACUGUAACCUUGCAUGUAAUUCUUGUCGGACAGGGGCCGGAAAUCUACUUCCGCAAUGGCUUAAUCCGCGGAUUGGUGAUUUUGGGCUGGUGACCCAACUUGCGCGCGGGGAGUUGCCUCUAUCAAUUGCAAAAGACAAUAGCUCGUCAACAUCGAAUCGCCCUGUCGGCACUACGUACUACCGGCCACCGUCGUCAAAAGAUGCCGACAACGAGAAAGUCGACAUAUUCGCUCUAGGUGUCGUGUUCAUCGAAAUGGUAUGCCCCUGUGCAACAGCCAUGGAACGAGUCGAUAUGCUUCAGAGACUGCAGAUGGGUUGUGUACCAAUGAGUCUGGAACAAGGUCUCGAACGCGAGGGCUAUGCCCCUGAGGUCAUUGAGGAGGUAGUUUCACUGGCAGAAGCGAUGGUUCGCCCUGAUUCGAGAACCAGAUGGUCUAGUCGGCAAGUAGAUGAGGCGAUCGAAGAGGUACUACGGAAAUGCGAAAAGCCAUAACCUACCUGGUAGCUUAGGUACCUAUCGUCUUUGACAUUGAUUUACUUACUGGGUGCUUUCGCGCGGACCUUGACUAUAUGAGCCUUUGGUUGAAUACCAUGAUUGAGAUUACAACUUUUUUCUUUUCGACGAAAGAUAGCUCCUACCUAACCUAACUUAGGUACCUAUUCAUAAUAUACCUUGGAUAAUAAUAAGAGUAUAAUUUCAGCUAUAGAAAUAUUUAACUAAAUCAAUGAUAAGCCACUUUAGAACACGAUGGAAGCACCCUUGCCGGUUCGCAACGAUAAUUUAGACAUCAACCCUCAUUUGCUAGACAUGCUAGUAACACAACUCAGUCUAUGUACAAGUGUAUGGGUAGUUGAAUGCCUGUUGUAGGAUUUAUUCUAUUUUAAACUACCUAACCUUAGGUACCUUUAGCUCCUGCUCUAUACGAUAGCAUGUCUGUAGUUGGAGGAGGUUAUGUUUGCAUACAUCAACAUUAGUUUACUUUAGCCUGAACGAGAUUAGCUAUCGAACAUGCCGGCAUGCCUACCUAAUUCUGAUACUGAUAGGAGGUAGUUUGUCUAAUGCUGCACUACUAUGUAGGUUAGGGACACUUACCUAUACUACCUAGUUCCCGUAAUUGGCUCGUGGCUGUGCU